ACCACAUUCCCUCCCUUUUCCCUCUCUUUCCUCUCUCCGGUCUAAUAUUCUUAAGCGAUUCAGUGAGCCAUGUUCUGCUCGGAUGACCCGGUUCAGCUCCAGCUACCGGUCCUCGGGACCGGGUUCACUUGUGAUGAGUUGGAAGAGCUCUUGUCGGUUCUCGAGUCGGAGAGCCCCGUCAGCCCCAAUAACUCCGUUUCAGAGGGCUCAAACAGGACCCUCAGCUCUGCGGACGACGACCGGAAGCGGAGGCGGAUGAUAUCGAACCGGGAGGCGGCACGCCGGUCCCGCUCUCGCAAGAAGAAGCAUCUCGAGGACAUGACGGAGGACCUGAACCGGCUGUGCGCCGAAAACCAGCAACUCAAGAGCCGGCUCAACUUGUUCAUGAGCCGGUUCUUCGCCGUGCAGAUGGAAAACGAGCGAUUGAGAUCUGAGUUCGCGUCCCUAUCGGCUAGGCUCUCGGAUCUACAUUGGAUUCUACUCGCCAUGCAAAAUCACACCAACCCUCGUUAAUUUUGACUUAAUAACUAAAAAUCUCUCUCUCUCUCUCUCUCUCUCUCUCUCUCUCUCUCUCUCUCUUCUCUAGCUAGGUAGGACGAGCGACAAAAGAGGAUACGAGGGUGAAGAGUCUUUAAUGGAGUAGAGCUUCGUAAAAUACACAGUUUUAUUAUGCUGGGCUAGUCGAAUGUUCCCCAUGCACGGUGUACAAAGCUUCUUUUUUCUCAUUCCGUUCUGUCGUCAACCCUGGAAUGUACUAGGGUUUUGUUCACUCGUCGUGUCUGCGUGCGUGUCUUUUUGCGCACGCCACAUUCAAAUGGACAACAAAGGACUCAUUCCCGACCACAUAUACGACCCGU